AUGUGGCUGCGCGCGGUUGUGCUCGCCCUGCUGCUACAGCUUGUGAGGCCACAAGAUGCAGAGGAGACAACGGUUGCACCCAGAUCGUUUACCGUGGAUUACGAGAACAACACUUUUCUUCUGGAUGGAGAACCCUUCCGCUACGUAGCUGGCUCCUUACACUACUUUCGUCUGCCUCACCCUCUAUGGCGAGAUCGACUAAGAAAGUUGCGAGCUGCUGGUCUCAACGUAGUUUCAACGUACGUUGAGUGGAGUCAGCAUGCUCCGGAACCUGGGGAAUACAUUUUCAGUGGAGAUCUUGAUCUUUUACAUUUCAUUGACAUUGCACAAGAAGAGGGUCUGUUAGUGAUUCUCCGGGUUGGACCUUAUAUUUGUGCAGAAAGAGAUAUGGGUGGUCUGCCAUACUGGUUGCUUACCCUCAAUCCAGAUAUCAGGCUGCGUACUAGUGAUCAAAGUUUCCUAAAUUAUGUGGAUGGUUGGUUAAGCUACCUAUUGCCACUGGUAGCUCCAAAGUUCUAUGGCAAUGGAGGACCUGUUAUAAUGGUCCAGGUUGAAAAUGAGUAUGGUAGUUAUCCAGCAUGUGAUUUUACUUACACUAGCUGGCUGAGAGAUAAAUUCAAACAGUAUGUUAGAAAUGAUGCACUAUUGUUUACAACAGAUGGAAGUUCAGACAUCAUGCUGCGAUGUGGAAAAAUACAAGAUGUGUAUGCAACUGUUGACUUCGGUGUAGGUUCAAAUGUGGCAUCUUCAUUCAGUGCUAUGAGGCGUCAUGAACCACAAGGACCUCUAGUUAACUCAGAGUUCUAUCCUGGUUGGUUGUCUCAUUGGGGAGAACGUUACCAAAGAGUAAAUACAGGUGCAAUUGUGACACGCCUAGAGGAAAUGCUUGAGAUGAAUGCUUCAGUUAACUUUUACGUCUUCUUUGGUGGCACAAAUUUUGGAUUCACCUCAGGUGCAAAUUAUAAUGAUAGAUAUGAGCCACAGCUGACUUCAUAUGAUUAUAAUGCACCACUAAAUGAAGCAGGGGAUCCAACUCCAAAAUAUUUUGCCAUACGAGAAAUGAUAGGACAGUAUUUACCUCUGCCAGAUAUUCCAUUACCAGUUCCUUCAGAAAAGGGGGAUUAUGGUACUGUGACUCUGUAUCCAGUUGCUGCUUUAUUGAGUGAUCUGUUACGGGAAACACUUGGAAAAAAGUACAAAUCAUCAUUGUAUCCUAAGACAUUUGAGCAAUUAGGGCAAAACAGUGGUUUUAUAUUAUAUGAAACAAUAAUUCCAGAUGAUUUAAGUGAUCCUGCACUGCUUGAUGUACCAGGAGUGAGAGACAGAGCAAUUGUUCUCAUUGACAGGAUGUUUGUCACAGUUCUCAGUCGUGCUCAAGGGAUAACCUCAGCAGCAUUAUUAGCCAGACCUUGUAGCACACUACAGCUGCUUGUAGAAAAUCAGGGAAGAAUCAAUUAUGGGUCAGAAAUGAAAGAUUUUAAGGGCUUGGUGUCAAAUGUCACUUUAAGUGGAUACCUUCUUACCAACUGGAAUAUCACUGGAUUUCCUCUAAGUAAUAUAUCAGCUGUUCAACAGUUAGAUGCAGCAACAGAGGUGUCUUCAGAACCUUAUUUUUAUAGAGGUUACUUCACAAUUCCAUCAAAUGAUACAGUACCAAAAGACACUUUCCUGGAUGUUUCUGGCUGGCACAAGGGUGUAGCAUUUGUCAACGGCAACAAUUUGGGUCGCUAUUGGCCUAUUGAAGGUUCUCAAGUCACUCUGUAUGUACCUGCCAUAUUUCUUCAGCCAUAUCCUAAAACAAAUGAAAUUAUUUUAUUUGAGCUGGAGCUACCCUCACAAAGUAAGCAAGUCAAGUUUACAAAGGAGCCAUAUCUUAAUAAAGAACCACCUAAACAAGGAAAAGUAACUCCUUGUCAUUGAUGUAACUUGGUGAAAUUAUUAGGUUUCCUCUUGACUGUUGACAAUGAAUGUCAUUAAAGUGUAUCAAUAUUGAUAAAUUAUGUAGGACUGGUAACCGAGAAGGUAUUUAAUUGUAACAGGUGAAUGUGGCCACUGAUAAAGACUUUUGUUAUAAAUAUGUUACACUUACAUAAUACUUCAUGUAAAUGAUUUUCUAUCAGUAACACCAGAGCUAACAUCAGUACAUUAUGUUUGCAAAGUUAUUUUAUCCAUGUUGGAUGUAGUGAACACUGUGGCCAUUCAAGACAGUUGGUGAAUGAUGUGUGCAGCCACAAAUACGUUUUAAUUUUUUAUUGAAGUGCUAUUACCAGUUACAGUCUACCAAGCACACCUUCAGAUGGCUAAUAUUUUCAGUUACAUAAAUGUUCUGAUCCAUAGCAUGUCUUCUGCUCCUACACUACACAAGAAUAUUUGAAUACUGUAUAGGUAGUUUCAUUAUUAUGAACAUGCUUAAGUGGUUGCAUUUCUUUAGAUAUAAUGUAAAAUAGUUAUAUUCACUUACAUAAGUUCCAGUAGAUAGUGAUUUGUUUUGUUGGGGUAAGAGUGGUUUUCCAGAUCAAUCUCUUUGUUGUUCAAUUAGAAACGGAACACACAUUGCAAAUAAAUGGCUGUGGCAUGCUUCAUAAUAUUCUUAAUGUCAGUGCUAAGCAUCACACAUGUUAUCCACUUGAUGUUUCUGUUUACAAUGCAAAGGUUAUCAUUAAGCAAAGAUACAAAGAAAGUGUUCAUUUUCAGUUGACCAUGGAUAUAAACAGAGGAAAUAUGAUGUGGGAUGUGCAAAGUGCAAUAUUUUAAUAACAUAAAAAUGUUUGCCCUCUAUGAUUAAACUGAUUUUAAAAGUCAACAGGACAAAUUGUUUUCGGAAUUUCAAGUAUGUCAUCCUUUUUUUACUUAACUUUCAGCAGAAAUUUUGAUGAAAUACUUCAAAGACAACUGAUUGCAUACUACAAUUUAGACAUAUAUGUACAUUCAUUUAUAUAUACAGACAUCUGCUUAAAAUGGCUGUUUAUAAGUUAGUUGCAGGAAAUACAAAAUUAAAAUGUUGGAGGGUGAGAAGAGAGCAACAAAUUUGUUCAUCAUAAUAGUUUAUAUUUGUACAGUUUUACACUGAUAUCUUAAACAGGUGAAUCUGAAAAAUUUAAUUUCCAAAUAUGUUUAAUGUUAUCAUUGGCUUAGAGACCUGCAAGGCUGCUACCCAUUGCUAGGCUAUCUGGCUGCAUAUAGAGUUUCUUGUUUAAUGAGAAAUAGUUAUGGGCUAGAAUUAAUUCUAAUAUCUCUAUGGAUUUGUAUAUUUCUGACUGGAAAAGCUAUUUUUUAAUCACUAAAUUUCACUUAAUUGUUUCAUUAUUUACAUGGACAAGGAUAUUUGUGUACAAACUCUCAAUGCCCAUGAAUGCAAAUCUGGCACUCUCUGGUACGUGCCCAUCACUUGUGUCAUUAUUUCUCAUUGAAAAAGAAAAUCUAUAUGCAGCCAGAAAGGCUAGCAAUGGGAAGCAAUCUUGCUGGACUCUAAACCAAUGUUUCCAUUAACCAUUUAUAAAAUAAAUUUUUCAGAUUCACCUGGUUAAGAUAUCAGUGUAAAAUUGUAUCAAUAUAAACUAUCAUAGUGAACAAUUGUGUCGCUCUCAUCACACCCUCCAACUUUUUAAUUUUGUAUUUCCUGCAACUAACUUAGAUAUGGUCAUGAUAAGCAGAUAUCUGUAUCUAUAAAUGGAUGUACAUAUACAUCUAAAUUAUAGUAGGCAAUCAAUUGCCUUUAAAGUAUUUAACCAAAAUUUCUGCUGAAAUUUAUGUAAAAAAAGGAUGACAUACUUGACAUACUAAAAAUAAUUUGUUCUAUUGUCUUUUAAAAUGAGUUUACUCAUAGAGUGCUAAUGUUUUUCUGUUAUUAAUAUAUUACACUUUGCACAUCCCACAUCAUAUUUCCUCCUUUUACAUCCUUGGUCAACUGAAAAUGAAUGUUAUCUUUGUAUCUCUGCUUAAUGAUAACCUUUGCAUUGUAAACAAAAACAUCAAGUUAUAACACAUGUGAUGCUCACUGACAUUAAGAAUAUUAUGAAGUGUGCCACUGUGAUUUAUUUGCAAUGUGUGUAGUGUUUGCAAGUCAACAACAUAGAGAUCAACCUUGAAAACCAUUCUUACCCCAACAAAACACAUAACCAUCUACUGGAACUUAUGUAAGUGAAUAUAACUAUUUUACAUUGUAUCUAAAUAAAUGCAACCACUUAAGAUUGUUCAUAUUAAUGAAACUACUUAUACAGUGGCACUAAAUAUUCAAAUAUUCUUGUGUAGUGUAGGAGCCGAUGACAUGCUGUGGAUCGAAACGUCUGUGUAACUGAUAAUGUUAACAAUCUGAAGAUGGGAAUGGAAGCCUGAAACUGGUAAUAGCACUAAAAUAAAACAUUAAAAAGUAUUUGUGGCUGGCUAUGUUAUUCACCAACCAUUAUGUUUGCCGUUCAACUUUAUUUUAUUUGACAGAGUUUCUUCUUAAGUCUUUGUGCAUAUCACACCCAGGAGGAACUGCACACGUUUGCAAAAGGGUAACUGCUGACAUGUAUUAUAAAACACAAUUGACACCAUUAAACAGUGUUAACCUAACAAUAGUCCUCCACUGAUUGUGUUGCAAACAAAUACACUAGCGACCAAAAGUUAAGAAUAAUCAUGAAAAGAGGGAAUAUUGUUUUAUGAGCACAUUGGAAGGAUUACUGCAGGAGCUAAAACUUAGUCACAAGGCAUUUGGCAUACCACAGUGCCUGGAAAAUAAUUUUAGAGAAGUUCUGGUAGUUAAAAUACAUUUUUGAAAGCAAGUAACACAAUUGGGAAAUCUGUUCUACAUCAAAAGAAUUCGUUGAUAAGGGAUAUGGUUACUGCUAACAGCCACACAUGCUGGACUGUGAUGCAACAUGCAUUCUAUGAGAUGGUUCUAAAAUGUUCUUUACAGACAAUCUCAGUCCACAGCAAGAGCAGUGUGGAGGGCAGGAAGUGUCUUUACUGGAAGCUGACAGGAUGCAAUUCAUCUCCCUAAAGCAGUCCAGCCUUGUUCUAUAAGAUUCAGAUCUGGGGACAUCACUGGCCAGUCCAUGCAACAGAUAUCAUCACCUUCAAGAAAGUCAUCCACCAGCAAAGCUGAAUGUGUACAGAGGAAGUCUUGACCAACCAUAUCUCUGAAAAGACACAUUUGUGGUAGCAGUAUCUUAUCUCUGUAUCCCUGAGUGUAUACAGUAUUCCUCCAGCCACCAACAAAGUUGUGCAUCUCUGUAUGGCCAUUCAUUAUGAUGCUUACCCAUACUGUGAUGUCAUCACAACCAAACCAGUCACUUUCCACGAUUUUCCUGGUGUUGAAGUGGGUAUCAGGUUCUCUCCAGAGAAAUGUACGAUGAGAAUCUUUUUUUAAACUGAAGUGGGAUUCAUCUGUGAAGAGCAUGUUCCUCCAUUCAUUCAUGGUCAGAUUUUGAUGUUGCUGACUCCACAAUACACAGACCCAUCUCCAUGCUGGAGUGAGCAAGAUGCACAUGGCCAGAUGUGUGGCAAACAUCCCUGCUUUUCUGAGCCUCCAAUAGACAGUUUGUUGGGAAACAGAAACUCCUGAGGCAGCUGCAAGCUCUGCAGCCAGUCGCUUUGCAGGUGUAUUCUGAUUACAUUGGGCAGUUACGACAAGGUAUCGGUCUUGCUGUCAGGUAGUUACUUUUGGUUGACCUAGUACUGGCCAACAAUGAACAUAUACUCAACACCUUUGCCAAAGCCUCAAAUGAUGCUUUGUGGCACACCUAAGGCUACUGAGAUUUUGGUCUGUAUCUGGCUUGCUUCCAAGUGGCUGAGUGUUCUACCCAGCAAAACAGGGUUCAAGUUGCAUCUUUGUGGCAUUAUGUUGUCAACCUCACCAAGGAACUGCAAUUUGCUCAACUAUGAGUGGACAAACAAGACUGAGAUAUGAUUAGUCUCAUGCACUGUUUGUGUUUACCUUUUGCUUGUGCCAUUGUUCACAGCACAGAGUACUCCUUCCGUGUACAGAGCAAACAAGUUGGGUCCAAGGGAAAUAUUUAUGGUGAUGUUGGGUGAUUUCUCACCUUUUCCCAUUUAAUUUUUGUAUUUUCAUGAUUAUGCUUAACUGUUGGACACUAGUGUACUAGAAGUGGUAUCACUGAUUACAAAAAUUGAUAUACUGGCUUAAUUCUAUUCCUGGAGGGCAUCAUAUGUUAAUUGACAAAAUAAGAUUGUAUAAAGAUGAACUACGGUAGAUUUGGCAUUUAAAACAAUGAAAAGACUUCCUAAAAUACUGCCUAAUCUCACAAGAUUCAUAACACAUUUUAAGUAUUUAUACUCCAUCAAUUUACAGACCAUAAAUUUCAAUUUCUUACAAAAUAACUGAUUUGUGAUUGAUGCAUGGUGAUACCUGAGAAUGUGAUGAUCAUAAUGUCUUGAUAAAAAGAGGAUGCUGCUGAUAAAACAAUCAAAAGUAUCUCUUUGAGCAGAAUUUUGUAAUAAGUAAUGUUACCACUAGGAAUAUAUGGGUAGAUUGUACAUAACUCUCUCUCUCUCUCUCUCUCUCUCUCUCUCACUCUCUCUCUCUCUCUCUCUCUCUGUGUGUGUGUGUGUGUGUGUGUGUGUGUGUGUGUGUGUGUGUGUAUGUUUUUAAGAUAAGGACAGAAAGUUAACAUGGUCAUUGUACAUAUAGAGUUCUGCAUUUAUAAUGGAUAAUGACUGUCCUAGUCAACUUUUUUAUUAAAUUGGAAAUUGCACAUGUUUCAUUAUAUUUUGCUGCUUUAAUUGUAGUUGAUUAGUUACUCUGCUAUGCAGCAGGAUGUCUGCAAAUAUUUGAUUAAUAAACUAUGUGUAUGUUUGAUUUCAAUAAAAUAUCAAUAUAACAACAAUAAAGAUGCAUUCCAAAACUACAUGUAAAUGAAACAGAAGGUUAUAAUGAGACUACACUGAAAAGCAUUUAUGCAAUGAAUAUUCAGUCAUGUAACUGAUACUCUUAUCAUGAAAGUGAUGUUCGCAUGUAGUACAGAAAACUUGGAAAUUUAAAGCUUGGAAAUUUAUAACUAACUGUGUAUUACUUAGACCACAGACUUACUUAGUCGAGUAAACUGACUGUAUCUUACAAACCUUCACAUUCAGCAACAACAAGAUUUUCAUGUCAUUCAUAAGUGAUGAUGACUGGUAAUGCACAAAUUUCAGUGAUGUUGUGUAUUGAUGUCUGUUGACGAAAUGUAUUUUCAGUUAACUGUCUCAAACAUGUAAAUAUCAAAACUAUUGUGUUUACUGUAUGUUAACAGUUAUGUUUGUUUAUACUACCAAUUUCAAAUGAAAUUAUUUGUAAAUGUUAUAUGAAUAUAAAUUAAAACACAAAAUCAAACUCAA